AUGAAUGAUCGGUUAUGGCUAGCCUUUGCGAUUAAACAUUUAAGAACCCGUUCCUUUGAGAGUGUUCACUAUCCCGGAGAUAGUUCGGCAUCCAAGGGGAUGCCCACCGUUCCUGCAAGGACGCCGACCUGUUCUUCGCUGGAAUGCCCACAAAUAACUUUCAUCUUUAUAAAAAUUAUAGAAACGGUUGUGAUAGCCCAAAAUGCACGUCCCAAUUUGAAUCUUGAAGAGGAGCGUGAAAUUGUUUUUGUAAAUGAUGACAAUAAUUUUCUCAGGGCUUGUCACGGAUCCUUAAAAAUAUCAAUCAAUCGUGGCUUAAGCACGGAUAUUCAAAUUAAUUUGAUGCUGAUGGCAGAAAUGACCAAAAUGACAUUUCGUCCAGAUCUGCCAGAUGGGCCAGAAAAGCAAAAAAACCUCGAAAUGUAA